ACUUCCCUUCCUUUCCCCUUCAGCUGACUGCCCCACCCAUCUACACACCUGUUCCUGAUGCUCCCCGACCACCUGCUAACCUGGAUCUCAUUACCUCAUCAGCCUUUAAUGUCCCAGGUCCAUCCAUUACCUGCCAGACCAUCAAAACCAACAGUAAUGAACCAAAGACUGUAUGAAAGAAUUGGACAUAACCACCAUGAUGUCACCCGUUGGUUUGUGGGCUACUGUUUUGGCAUUUUGGCUGUUGCCAUUUUGCUUUUUUGGAGCGAGACGUCACCAUAAUUGGACGAGAGAGUGGAGCUGACGGACACCAUGGACGCCCACCCAUACUGGCAACCUAACUACACCUGGAUCCUGGUUAUGGAAAGUUGCUGCUUCCAUAAUUUAAGGCAGAGCUGAGUAGUCGGGCCUCCUGAGCGGUGCAGUCAUGUGCAGGCCGGAGGGGUUGGCCAGGCCGCCUCUGGUGUUAGCUAUGGCGCUCCUGGCUCUCUCGCUCCUCUCCACGGGGGUCUCCAGCCUCCCACAGCCGCUUCCAAGAGUCUUCCUCUCCUUUGAAGACCUGCAGGCCUCCCAGUCCUUUGAACACUACAGUAUAUCAGAAAAGGCCAUGGACUACAGGAUCCUGCAGAUGGACGAGGACCAGGACAGGAUGUAUGUGGGCUGCAAAGACCACGUCCUCUCCAUGGACAUCAACAACAUUACUCACGGCACGCUUAAGGUGUUUUGGCCUGCGUCUACGAGCAAGGUAGAGGAAUGCCAAAUGGCAGGAAAGGACCCUACGCACGGCUGUGGGAACUUCAUCCGGGUGGUGCAGCCUUACAACAGAACUCAUCUGUUCAUGUGUGGCAGCGGAGCGUACAGUCCCGUCUGUGUGUACAUCAACAGGGGCCGCAGACCAGAGGAACAAGUCUUUCACAUCGACUCCAGGACCGAGUCUGGAAAAGGGAGGUGCUCCUUCAACCCUCAAGUGAAUACAGUCUCCGUCAUGCUCAACCAGGAGCUGUUCUCAGGAGUGUACAUUGACUUCAUGGGGACAGAUGCUGCCAUCUUCAGGAGCCUGACCAAGAGAAACGCAGUGCGGACAGACCAGCACAACUCUAAGUGGCUUAGUGAGCCAAUCUUCAUUGAUGCCCACCUGAUACCAGACGGGACGGACCCCAACGAUGCCAAAUUGUACUUUUUCUUCCGCGAGAGGCUGACAGACAACAGUGGAAACACUAAAAACAUCCACACCAUGGUGGCCAGAGUGUGUCCAAGUGACAUCGGGGGCCAGCGGAGCCUGGUCAACAAGUGGACCACCUUCCUGAAGGCCAGGAUGGUUUGUUCGGUCCUGGAGGAAGACGGCACCGAAACUCACUUUGACGAACUGGAAAAUGUAUUUUUGCUGGAAACCGAUCAGCCCAAGGGCCUGUUGGUGUUUGGAGUCUUCACGUCCACAAGCUCCGUGUUUAAAGGCUCAGCGGUGUGUGUGUACAACAUGGCUGACAUCCUCACCGUCUUCAACGGGCCCUUCGCUCACAGAGACGGGCCCAACUUCCAGUGGGUGGCGUUCCAGGGCCGCAUCCCUUACCCAAGACCUGGAACUUGUCCUGGUGGAGCCUUCACACCUGACAUCCACACAACGAAGGAGUUCCCAGACGACGUGGUGACCUUCGUUAGAAACCAUCCGGUCAUGUUUAACCCCAUCUACCCGGUGGGGAGGAGACCUCUGGUGGUUCGGACCAACGCUGACUACAAAUACACAUCAGUGGCAGUGGAUCAGGUCAUGGCUGCAGACGGCAACUACCAAGUACUUUUCCUUGGCACAGACAAAGGUACAGUACAGAAGGUGAUUGUGCUGCCCAGCAACCAAUCCCUGCACGAGGAUCUGAUCCUGGAGGAGCUGGAAGUGUUUAAGAAUCAAGCUCCUGUUACAAACUUGAGAAUAUCCUCGAAAAAGCAACAGCUGUACGUCAGCUCCGAGUUCGGGGUCUCGCAGGUCUCCUUGCACCGUUGUCACGCUUACGGCUCGGCUUGCGCUGACUGCUGCCUCGCCAGAGACCCCUACUGCGCCUGGGACGGACUCAGCUGCUCCCGCUUCUAUCCCACCGGCAAAAGGAGAAGCAGACGGCAGGACAUUAUGCAUGGAAAUCCACUCACACAGUGUAGAGGAUUCAAUCUGAAAGCCUACAGAAACGCAGUGGAGAUGACGCAGUACGGUGUGAAAAACAACACCACCUUCCUGGAGUGUCUUCCAAAGUCUCCUCAAGCCUCCAUUCGCUGGCUCAUUCACAGGGACAAUGACAGGAGGAAAGAGGUGAAGCUGAGCGAGCGCGUCCUCUCCACGGAGCACGGCCUCCUCAUCCGCUCCGUCCAGCUGUCCGACCAGGGCCUCUACUACUGCCUGACCACGGAGAACAGCUUCAAGCGCACCGUCGCCAAGAUCCGCCUGCGAGUGUUGAGCGAGGCCAUGGUGAGCGUGCUGACAGACAAGCAGCAGUCGCCCUGGGCCUGGGCCAGCUCGCUGCACCCCAAGGUCCUGCUGGCGGCCUUCAGCCCCGCCGAGAGCCUGGCCGUGCAGCAGUACUGCAAAGAGCGGAAAGAGAUGCAGAACCUGCAGCAGAAGCAGCAGCUGCAGCCGCCUCAGCCGCCAGGACCCCUCAGGGGGGACCUGGCCAAACUGAAGCCCCUGCUGGACCGGAGGAAGAGCCGCAACCGCCGCAACCACCUCCCGGAGGUCUGACACGGGGAGGCGCAGAAACGGACACGAACGCCUUCCUCUGAUUCUUUACCCAGACCCUCAUUUUCUCAUCUCAAACUGCAGAGCUGCACUGUGGAUGGACAGUAAAACGAGGAGGUGGGUGUGGGGAGUUGUUAUUCGGCAAUAUUUUUUUUUUUUUUUUUUUUUUUUGCAUGAGGUACUGUGACCAGAUGGCUGUGACAUACACUAACACACACACAGACACCCACGGGCAAUUCAUGUGCUGUCGCAGUCACAACCCAAAGUGAAACGGCCCGUUGUGGGUGCCACUAAUAAACUGUGGUCUAAGCAUGAUAUUGCUUAUGAUAAAACACGUUGAGACGCAGCUAUGGUCAAUGAUCUUAUCAUAUUUUUAGAUAUUAGAGGGGAAAUCAGACCGGAUAUUAGCUCACAAUGGAUUUAGUCACAAAAAGAGUUCAGAAUCAUGAUAGUCAAUAAAGAUUAAUAAAAGGACAAAAAGGGAGACAGAUGCAUGCUUGAGAGCGAGCGCCCUCCUCUCAGAGUAUAACAUAAGUAUUUUAUUAGAUCCUACUCACGUUUCUAUAUUAACUUUAAACUAACAAAAUUGUCUUUGUUCAGUGGAAUGACUGAAAUGGCUUUGUGGGCACAUAUAGGGUAAUAAAAAGUCAAUUUGUGGGGAAAAAAUGUUUUUUCCCUCAUGGGUUGACUGCUUCACAAACUCUACAAUAACACUGUUGAUACGAAGCACAGAUGGCAAGUGGUCCCAAUAAAAAGUUUAAUAUUACAGCGCUGUGCGAUAAAAAAGAUUUAGUUCAAAGGCCAAACUUAAAAGGAUAGUUUAGAGGUUUUGAAGUGGGUCAGUGUCCAGUAGACGGCGGUCUGCAAGUUCUUAAUUAUUGCAUAUUUUAACCACCCAAAAAAAACAUCAAUAUCAGUUAGUUAUGGCUAUAUUUAGAAUAUUUUGACCACUUUACCUUGCUGUCAGACAGCCUUUUGCAAUGGGGAACUGAGGCUGUUAUAUCCAUCUUUGCUUUCUUCAAAGCUACCAGACUCCAUUGACAAAUAAAAGUAAUUUAACCUUGCAGAGCACAAGAGUUACUGGUAUGCUUCGGCCACGAUUGUUUAGUUUGAUUGUGUUAUUGUGUGACUUUGGUGUUUUAACCCUCCUUUUAUGUUCGUUUCUCAGGAACAGCAUUAAUGUUUGUGGGUCAAUUUGACCCGGGGCAUGAUUAAUUAUCCAAAAGUGUCAGAAACCAAAAAAUCCCCCAAAACAUUGUUUAUAUUUCAUUAAUAACUCCAUUAGUAACCAUUUCAAUCAAUAUUGAGUGCAAUGGUGUUCUUAACCUCUCACAGAUCAUGAGGUUCAAUGAGGAUAAUUCACUCGUUUAGGGUUAGGGUUAGGGUUAGGGUUAGCCACUUUGAAUUUUGGGUCAAAUAGACCCGAACAGUAUCUAAUAUAUUGCAAAUAUGUGAAAUUAACCAUUUACAUUUUACAUGUUGAUUAAACUUAUUUAGCCAAGCAGAAGAAGUUUCAUCCUCAAAAAAAAUACUUUUAAAUAUUUUUAUUUUAUUUUUGAAAUGGGUCAAUUUGAGCCACAACAAAACAGAAGGGUUGAAUGUUUUUUUUUUAUUAACCACAGUCACACAAUAACACAAUCAAACUCCAUAACUGAGAUACUGCUAGACCAGAAAAUCCCAAGUUCUGUGAUGUAAACUUACUGUUUUGUCAAUGGAGUCUAGUGGCUUUGUCAUAGAUAAUAUAGAUCAUAGAUAACAGCUUCAGUUUCCUGUUGUAAACGGCUGUCCAAUGGAAAUUUACACUGAUAUUGACUGUAAUACACUGAUAAUGGAUAAGUACCUCAUAAAACUCCACUUCAAGAAAUCCAAACCAUCCCUUGAACAUCCUGCGCUGAAUUCACCAGAACAGAAAUUGUAGUAAAAUGCUGAAAAGCAUGAAAAAUUCUUAUGCAAAUCUCGCUAAUCUUACAUGAUCUCUCCUGUAUUUAUUCCCCAUUACUCAGACGUACAUGUGAGAGAAUCUGCCUCACUGUAAUUAAGCUGCAUCAUUGUGUCAAACUUCUCUCGUUUCUAGCACAGAAGCAUGUUUGUAGAAUACAUCGGUAAUGUAGAGGUAUCUUAAUCUUUGCCUGGAUUAGAUUUGAGUAACUAGCAGGUACGCACAUAAAGCAUAGAUUAAGAUAGAUGCUGAAACGUGACAAUAUCCUCCACAUUUUCCAUAUUGUCUACAGCAAAGUGGAUACUAUUAAUUCAAAAAUAGCAACUAAUUGACAUGUGAAUAGACUUUUUUUUUCUUUCCAGAGGCAUAGUUAUGUAGAUAGAGAUUAUUUGUUGCUUGUGUACAGAGUAUAUUUUUCUUUGUUUCAUCCUUUUAAAUUAAUGUUGUGCAGAUGUUUUUGUGACAAUGUGUAUAUAAUUUCAACAUAUUUCACCAGCUAUGACUGUAUCUGCAAAUUGCAGAGACAAACAGUAUUAUUUUCAUUUUGAGAAAAAGACUUUCUAGUUGUACCUCCCCCCUCUAAACAGAUGUCUGCUCCCCUGUUAAAUAAAGCUGUGCAACCAGCAUUAUGUCAACUAUAACUCAGUGUAAUUUCAGUGUUAUGAAACAUAUGUAUUUCUAUUUAUUAAUGUCAUGAUAGCCUGAAUAAAUCUGUUCCGAUGAAUCUGAA